UGGAUGUAAAAUUGUAUUUAUAUUCUUAUUCAGAAAACUAAGGAAAAAAUGGCUCUUCAACCCCAGAUGCCCGCUCCUGCCUUUUCAGGAACUGCUGUCGUGAACGGAGAGUUUAAGGAGAUUAGUCUGGCUGAUUACAAGGGAAAGUAUGUGGUCCUCUUCUUUUAUCCUCUGGACUUCACCUUCGUCUGCCCAACUGAAAUCAUUGCUUUCUCCGACAGGGUUGAAGAGUUCAAGAAAAUUGGAUGUGAAGUUAUCGCUUGUUCUACUGAUUCUCAUUUCUCCCAUCUUGCCUGGUGUGAGAAAUCCAGGAAGGCUGGAGGACUGGGUGAUAUGAAUAUUCCUCUUCUAGCGGACAAAUCUAUGUCCAUCAGCAGAUCUUAUGGAGUCCUUAAGGAGGAUGAGGGUCUAAGCUUCCGUGGACUCUUCGUUAUUGAUGGAAAAGGAAUCCUUCGUCAGAUAACCAUUAAUGAUCUUCCAGUCGGUAGAGAUGUCGACGAAACUCUCAGACUGGUUCAAGCAUUCAAGUUUACUGAUCAGCACGGAGAGGUUUGCCCAGCCGGCUGGAGACCAGGCAAGGCAACCAUGAAGGCUGACCCUAAGGGCAGCAAGUCAUACUUCGAGGCUGAAAACUCGAACUAAGAUGAAAGCUGCAGAAUAAAAUCAUGGUUAUCAAUGACAUGUUGUCCACUGUUGCUGAUUCAGUUGAAAUUGUUCAAAAUGAUUUUUAUGUUUUUAGAACCUCAAAUCCAGUUAUUUCCCAGUUUUAAUAAAAAAUUAAGAAUCAAAUGUGAAUUGUUCAUACCUUAAAUAGUUAAAAAAAUAAAAAUUUCUUUCUUAUUAA